AUGGUUCAAUUAACCUGUACCCGAAUCAACCUGUUGUUGGCUCUUGUUCUACUGCCUUUGUGCAUUGUGCAGGCAGAAGGUAACAAGAAUAAUCAAACAUGGCUCAUUGGGUUGCACCCAAAUGCCACAAAUGGAACCACGGUUCCGUGGGUUAGGCGGGUUAGGUUGCAACAAGCACCUGGGUGCGGGGAUAGGCCUUGGAUUUGUAAUGAUGGUGGGUUCCCAUCUCAAGUUAGAAGAAGGUGUUGUGGUAACCGAUGUGUUGAGGUGACGUCGGAUGUCAACAACUGUGGAGUUUGCGGGAUUCGAUGCCCGUUUACUUGGCAGUGUUGCCGAGGUGUAUGCAUCGAUACAAAUGUCAACCCGUUUAAUUGCGGCCGGUGUUUCAACCGAUGCCCAAUUUUUACCUUCUGCACUUAUGGGAUGUGUGGAUAUGCUGGUCCUUCACCUCCUUUCCCUUUCCCUCCCAAACCCCCGAAGCCGCCAAUUCCGUUUCCCCCCAAACCCCCGAAGCCGCCAAUUCCGUUUCCACCCAAACCCCCGAAGCCACCGUUUCCGUUCCCUCCUAAACCCCCAAAGCCGCCUAAAGGACCAGAGGCUCCCGAACCACCACAAAGUCGGCCCUUUCCAGAAUUGGGUCAACCACCCAUAAAUGAUGGUCCACCGCCGCCAGAACCGCCUGUAUCUGGUGGUCAGGCGACUGAAGGGCAUGGUGGACAGCCACCACCACAAGGAGGUCAACGUGUUGGUCACUAG